AUGCUCGCGAAACAGUGUAUACAAGUGGAUACAAAGAGUAACACGAGCGAACUCGGUGCAGAUCAACAGCAGCAGCAACAGCAGCAGCAGCCUCACCAGCAGCAGCAGCAGCAACAGUACGGUGAGGUGAACCAGCUUGGCGGAGUGUUCGUUAACGGUCGUCCCUUGCCAAACGCGGUCAGGUUGCGAAUAGUCGAGCUUGCUCAGCUUGGUAUCAGGCCGUGCGACAUCUCGCGGCAGCUGCGGGUCAGCCAUGGUUGUGUCAGCAAGAUCUUGGCCCGUUACCACGAGACAGGCAGCAUACUGCCCGGUGCUAUCGGUGGUAGCAAGCCCCGUGUUACCACGCCUAAGGUCGUCCAGUACAUCAAACAGCUGAAGCUCAAGGAUCCGGGGAUAUUCGCGUGGGAGAUCAGGGAUCGUUUGUUGUCUGACGGUGUUUGCGACAAGUACAACGUGCCAUCGGUCAGCAGCAUCUCGAGGAUACUGAGGAACAAAGUCGGCGCUGCCACAGCUAUACACCAUCAUCCGCAUCAUCCGGCGCAUCAUCAUCAUCAUCACCAUUUGUACGCGGCGGCUGCAGCCGCAGGAGCUGCGCUUUGUCCUGUACCGUAUCCACCGACGCCGUAUCACGCGACGCCUCCACCCGCUGUUACGCAUCACCAUCAUCAUCAUCAUCAUCCAGUUGGACCGACGACCCCUAGCAAGCUGUCUCCGUCCUCUCCGACCACAGUUCAUCACACUGGAAUCGCUCAUCAGACGUCCACACCGGCUGGUUUACAGUGGCCCAGUCCUCACACGGUCCACGACAUCCUCGCCAGCGGUUGCAAUCUCGCCAAUUCUCAGUCAUCCCCGUCGCCAACGUCGCCGAUCUGCGCGACGGUCAACAACAACCAUCACCACCAUCCCCAUCCCCAUCAUCAUCAUCAUCAAAGCAACGACAACUCGACCAGUAACAAUAACAACAACAACGAAGAGACCACCAGCGGUUACCAUCAUCCGCACCACCAUCAUCAUCACCAUCAGCAGUAUUACGCGUCAGCUCUCUACCAUCAUCACCAUCAUCAUCACUCGGACAACGUGACACCUGUCGCGACCACGUCACCUGUCCUCACCGUGCAGUCGAUCAUGAUGCAGUCGUCCACGGUGAACAGCCAGCCAGCCAGUCCCUGUAAUUGAGAAAGGAUUAGAGAAGUUUCAGGAGAAAGAUGAAGAGCGAUGAGAGGAUCGUCGCUGAAGAGGAGAACAUUUCUUUCUGGGACUGUUCGCGAGAAGAU